AUGCCUGGUUCAAUCAAAUCCAUCAAGCGUAAGCCUACAGCCAAGUCAGCUGCCAAACGCAUCGGUCGAAUGUUCAAGCGUACAAACAGCGAAGACCCAGAGAUGACCGCUGCUAUGGACACUGGCUCUCCCAAAGCCUCUUUCGAUGUACCGCGGCCUUCCACAUCUUCCCGGUUCUCUAUAAGCUCGCGUAUGACCUCAAGGGAUGACGCUGAAGCAACCCCUCGAGGCUCAAAGGAUCAGUCUCGAGUCUUUGCAUCGUGGUUUGAUCCUACCACACCCAAGAAAGAAAAGGGGCCUGAAGCAAUAGCUCCACCACCUCUGGUUUCUAAUUACUCUGAGCCUAUACUCGAACAUGUCAAACCACUCGAGCCUAUGGUGCCAGUUGAACCCACUGGGACGCCUCAGACCGAAGGAUUUCCCUUUCCUGCACCUCUGCAGACUAGUAAAGAGCAAAAGACGAUCGAUAUUGUUCCCGAGAAGCAGACCGAGCCUCUGCGGCAACUGGAGAACCCCAACAAGAAGAUCGAGGAACAACCCGCUGUGACGCCUAUACCCCUACAGGCGAAUCGACCUUUGCCAUCUCCGCCUGUAACAAAGCCUGCGAUAUACGAGCCGCCCGAGUCCCCGAUUCUUCCGGCUGUAUCUAAAGAGGAGCCUAAGCAGAAGCCUAGCCAUGCCCCUACGAAUGAACCAAAGACCAUCCUCGAGGCAAAAUUUGAACACGAACAAGAGAACAUUACUCAACCCAAGCCGGCUGCUGAGACCAGACCCAAGGCCGAACCAGCUGAGCAGCGAGACAUCCUACCUCCGAAGAAGAAGCGUACCUUAAAGCCCCCAGCUCUUCCAGUACAAGUGCCAACGUCAAGCACCACGCGUGUCAGGAAGUCUUCAAUGCCUCGGCCCACGGUGGAAGAUGAGCCAGAACCUGUGAAGCUCGUCGAAGAACCUAAAGAACAUCCUAGGAAAGAUCACAAGACUGAACCAAGAAACCUGUCGUCAAAGCCCCCCCAAAAAGAAACAAAGGCAAAGGCUCAGCUCCCAGUCAUCUUAGAGAAGCAAGUCCCUGCCCCUGUUGUACCUGAAGCUAUCCGCAAGCAUGCAGAAUUGAAGAAUUCCCCCAAGGCCUCCGCUACACCAAUAGUUCCACCUGCGGCCAAGAUAUCUUCUGUCUCAGCACCGGCUCCUUCAUCUGUCCCCAAAGCAGCCAGGUUUACUGCAAAACACUCUUUCACCCCCAGCAUAUCAUUUCAGCCCUCACGGAUAGUGUAUUACCCUGACACUGCCCCAGCUCCCAAGAUAGCUCGCCCUCCUAUUACCGCACAAGCCCCGAUCAUCGCUUCGAGACCUGAAGUCGUCGUCUCGAUGCUCACUCGUGCAGCUCCCAAGUCUGCGCCAGCUCCAAGCAUUGCUUCGACUCCAGUGCGGGCUCAUUCUCCAUUGACUUCGUGGAUCAUGUCAUCUGCAUAG